GCCGGCUCAGCCGCAUCCUGGCUCCGAGCUCCCGCAGCAGCCCCGCGGCCCCAGGUGCUCGGCUCCCGGCCCUGUUGCCUGCGGCGAGGGGUGCGGGGCGAUGCCCGGCCGAGGUCCCCUCAGCGGACAUGGAAGAGGCGCCCCUGCUUGGCGGGAUGACCAGUCCCGAGGAGGAAAUGGUGACCGACCUUUUCGGCGCGGAGAGUCCGUUUGUUUCUGAAAACCUCACCCUGAAAGCCCCCGUGGUGGUGAAGCAGGAGGGCGAGAUCCACGUGUUCAAGGGCGACUACCUGAGCCCCGCGGGCCCCGGAGAGCCGCCGCUGCCCGCGUUCAGCCCCCCGCUGCUCGGCGCCGGCGCCGGCCAGGUCCAAGGGAAGCUGGCGGGGGACAAGGACGGCGACGAGAUGCUGGCCGAGUACCCGCGCCUCCCCGAGCUCAGCCCCCUGGAGGACGCGGUGCUGCCCCUGGCCCCGCCGCCGCCCGCCUACAACGUCCACUUCCUGUCCUCCCUGCUGGCCCCACACAGGAGUCCCGCCGUCCUGCCCCUGGGCGCCUGGGCCCGGGAAGGAGCCGCCCCGCCGGGCGUGCGGGUGAUUCCAGUGGAAAUAAAGGAAGCCGGUGGUGCAAUUUUAAGUAACAACACGGAGGAAGCAAUGUUUCAGAACGUUCUCGGCCCCGAACCCUGUUGCAAGUUCCCAUCAUCCCAGGAAGCAGAGGACUCCUCUGGCUGCUCUCACAAGAAGGACUCUAACCCCAUGGUGAUAUGUCAGUUGAAAGGGGGCACACAAAUGCUGUGUGUAGACAAUUCUGGCACGAGAGAGCUAAAAGCACUUCAUUUGGUUCCUCAGUAUCAAGACCAAAAUAAUUACCUACAGUCAGAUGUCCCUAAAGCAAUGACUACUUUAGUAGGAAGAUUUUUGCCAGUGCCAGCAAAAUUAAAUCUCAUUACACAACAACUCGACAACGGAGCCUUACCAUCCAUGGUCAACGGGUCUACUUUCCCUUCGGGAUCAGGUCUCCCAGGGCCACCAAAAAUAACCUUGGCUGGAGUAACUCUUAGUUCAUGGGACACAAAGUCUAAAAAGCCAUGUAACUGUACCAAAUCCCAGUGUCUGAAAUUGUACUGCGACUGCUUUGCCAGCGGGGACUUCUGCAACAACUGCAACUGUAACAAUUGUUGUAACAACCUACAUCACGAAAUCCAGAGGUUCAAGGCCAUUAAGGCCUGUCUCGAUAGAAAUCCAGAGGCUUUCCAGCCGAAGAUCGGCAAAGGGAAGUCGGGGGACGUGAAGCCUCGGCACAACAAGGGCUGUAACUGCAGGAGGUCGAGCUGCCUCAAGAAUUACUGCGAGUGCUACGAGGCCAAAAUCAUGUGCUCUUCUAUUUGCAAAUGCAUUGGUUGCAAGAAUUAUGAAGAAAGCCCAGAACGGAAAACACUAAUGAGCCAGCCCUACUAUACGGACAUUGGAGGGUUUGAAGGCAGCCGUCACUUGUCGCCAGCUAAGUCCGCAGGACUACCGCAACUCAGAAAGGACCGGCGGUCCUCGUGCAUCUCCUGGGAGGUGGUGGAAGCCACGUGCGCCUGCCUGCUGGCGCAGGGCGAGGAGGCUGAGAAGGAGCACUGCUCGGAGUGCCUGGCGGAGCGGAUGAUCCUGGAGGAGUUCGGGAGGUGCCUGUCACAGAUCCUCCGCAUCGAGUUUAGAUCCAAAGGGUUGAAAAUUGAGUAGAGUUCGCUGGAGAAAACUCCGACCGCACAGAGAUCUCGUUGGGAUGUUCCGGGGGAAGGUGACCUGUAGUUUGGGAAGGUCGUUUAAGGAGCCAGAGGCCGGGUCUGCGUCAGCAGCUGCGUCAGGAAGCGCGGGCUUUCCGCCUGCACCAGGGCGUCGAGGGGACUUACCCAGUGGCUGAGGGUCUCGGCGAUCAAAGCCGCCCCCCUUUUUGAGGAAGUGCGGCCGCCCCUGACCGCUGUCGCAGUCGUGCGGCCCUGGGGGGAGAGCUGACUCCUGUGACGUCGGGGGAGGGAGGGCUGACGCAGGCUCUGGGGAGAAAUAAGUCCAUUCCUGCCGCCCUCACCCCGUCUCGGCGGUUUCCCCCGGAGGCCUCUCUGCCUUAAAAAGCCAUAAUGAUUUUUCACUAAAACUAUUUUGAAAUAAAUUCUCCAGACGGGCUGCUAAGACACAGCUGAGACUCUCUGGAGAAGUCGGAUUACCUCGGAGUUCCCGAGUGCGGGCGCUUUCUCAGCCACAGGCAAAGCCUCGGCCUCCCUCGGCCCACCUGACCCUCGGGCAGGGGGGUUGCCGUUAUGGGACCGAACAUUAUCUAGUUUCCUACGUGUUUCAUUGGGAUGUGGAAAAGCUCUAUCAUCCAGUUAACUUUCUCCCUAAUUAUUGUUCUAAUAUUGUUAAAAUACGGUUCACAUAGCUGGUUUGCAGAAACCAGCAGGUAAGAGCGGUUGUUAAGUUGACUCCCUUUGGUUCUGUUGUAAACGCAGAGAGAAUUAAAUUUUUCAAACACCUUC